CGCUGGGGCACCCAGCCAACGCUGGCACCGCCCGGGCCGUCCCCAUUGGACCUGCUAUGGCGAGCUCUCCCACGCUCGCGGGCGUGCUGGGGUUGCUACUUGCGUCGACCCUACCCGGGGUCCUCGGAGACGGCCCCAACCCUGACCUCCGGGCACACUCAGGUACCAGAAAGGGCUGCUGGAGGGAGGCUGGGACCGCCCGCGGGUCCCAGGCCCCAGCUUUCCCACCUCUGCUCUCCUCAGGAGACCCGGCACAGAUCGCCCCAGGGGCCGUGGAACCCCGGCGGCGGGCGCCACCCAAGGACCAGCGCGAACGAGCCGGGGCCCCGGCGCUGCCUUUGGGAGCGCUAUACACCGCGGCUGUCGUGGCUUUUGUGCUGUACAAGUGUUUGCAGCAGGGGAAAGAUGAGAGUGCUGUUCUCAAAGAGACAGGCAAGAAGGAAUCAUUGCAGUCAGAGCAACAGCUGGCCCUGUUGACAAAACAGCUGGCCCAGACAGAGCAACACCUAAACAAUCUGGUGGCCCAGCUGGAUCCCCUUUUUGAGCGUGUGACUACCCUGGCUGGAGCCCAGCAGGAACUUCUGAACAUGAAGCUUCAGACCAUCCACCAGCUGCUACAAGAAAGCAAACCAAACAAGAGUGUGGAGGUUCAAGAACCAGGUAAAGGAUCGGGAGGUGAGAGUCUGCUGGAGGCUGAGACAGUCUCUGGAACAGGAGCAUGCCAGAAUUUUCCCCUCACAGAAGCCAACAUACCCUUCCCCAAGGACUUGUGUCUAGAAGAGGAGGAGGAGGAGGAGGCAGAUGACAGUCAGACCUGGGAGGAGCCCCUAAACUGGAGCACAGAGACAAGGAACCUAGCUACUCCCUGCGAAGUGGAGCAGGGGUUAAGGAGAAGAUGUAGCAAGGCUGCGGCGAAGGGACCCAGUCACAGCCCCCACUGGGAAGGAGGAACAACGACAGCUGAAGUUUUAGUAAAAUAGAGUCUGUUCUUGUGAUUGGA